CUUCCUAUUCGUCUUGUUGCAGUUGUUAAAAAAAACACGUACGGCAGUGAUUCAUAAUAUAUUAAAAACAACCUUAUAGCUCUAUUUUUUUUAAUUUGUUUUGAGAAUUAUUGGAAUUCAGAUUAUUCAAUACCGGACACGUGUUAAUGCGACACCAUGUACUCUCGUCUAAACAGGUUAUCUGGACACAAGAUGAAUAACUUGGUUAGCUCAUGUUUGUGAAGCUGUUGACUGAAACAAAUGAGUGUCUACUCUUGCAACAAAGUGUAUAAUAUUAGGUGGUAUCAUUUAACCUGUGUCUGGAUUUGGCGAAGCGGAGUUUUUCCUCGCAAGGACUCGCUAGCUUAAGGCUGCUAAGAAGCUAGCUGUUCAAACAGCUGGGAUAAGCUGUCAACGCACAACAGGAGCGUCUGGCGGGUUAAAUACACACGAGCAUCCUAGCAAUGGAGUUGGCUCACAGUCUCCUGCUGAAUGAAGAAGCUUUGGCCCAGAUAACCGAAGCAAAAAGGCCUGUUUUCAUUUUCGAAUGGCUUCGGUUUUUGGAUAAAGUCCUCGUGGCGGCAAAUAAGGUGGAUGUGAAGGAAAAGCAGAAGAAGCUUGUGGAUCAAUUGACCGGACUGAUCAGCAGUGCUCCAGGUCCACCUACGAGAAAACUGCUUGCCAAAAACCUUGCCACCCUCUACAGCAUUGGCGACACUUUCACUGUUUUCCAGACGCUGGAUAAAUGCAAUGAUAUCAUCAAAAGCAAGGAUGACACACCUGCCUACUUGCCCACAAAACUAGCCGCAGUGGCAUGUGUUGGUGCUUUUUAUGAGAAGAUGGGGAGGAUGCUUGGAAGCUCCUUUCCAGACACUAUUAAUAAUCUUUUGAAGGCAUUAAAGAGUGCAGAGUCCCAAGGCAGAGGAGAGAUACUCCUCAGUCUGCAGAAGGUGCUAAAUGGACUAGGUGGAGCUGCAGCUUCAUGUCACAGGGACAUCUACAAGAAUGCCCGCUCUUUACUCACAGACAGGUCCAUGGCUGUGCGUUGUGCAGUGGCAAAGUGUCUGUCCGAACUGCAGAACGAGGCAGUAUUCAUGUGGACCACAGAACUGGAGAACAUGGCCACACUGUGUUUUAAGGCCCUGGAAGGCUCCAACUAUGGUGUUCGGGUUGCUGUGGCCAAACUGCUUGGGACUGUCAUGGCCACAGCUCUGAUGCCCAAACAAGCUGCUGUUAUGCGUCAGAAUGUAAAACGGGCCACCCUUGAAGAAGUGCUGGAGUUAAUGGCCACAGGCUUUCUGCGUGGUGGAUCUGGUUUCUUGAAAAGCGGAGGGGAGAUGUUGAAAGGCGGGGCUUCUGUCAGCAGAGAAGUCCGGGUGGGCGUCACACAGGCUUAUGUUGUAUUUGUGACGACACUCGGUGGUCAGUGGUUGGAGCGCAACUUUGCCACCUUCCUCUCCCAUGUUUUGGACCUUGUGUCUCAUCCAAGGGCCACCCAGACGCAUGUCGAAGCGGUGUACUCGAGGCGUUGUGUCUCUUUCAUGCUGCGUGCCACCCUGGGCAGCUUACUCGGUGAGAAGGCGCAGAUUGCAGCCGGCAAAGAAAUUUGCCAAGCCAUCAGCAAGCAAAUGAGGGCUGUAGAAGCAGUUGUAAAUGACCUCAAUGGGGAGAACAAGACCGGGGCAGCUGAUGUCUCGGCCAGCCAGCAUGUUAUGGUGUGUGCCUUAAAAGAGUUAGGUAGCAUUGUUCAGAGUCUGAGUGCCACAUCUUCACCUCUCAUCCAGGAACCUUCUAUAGGACUUCUUGAAACCGUGACCUCGGUGCUGCUACACCCCAGCAUGGCGGCUCGUUUGGCUGCAGCAUGGUGCCUGCGCUGCAUUGCCAUGGCACUGCCCUAUCAGUUAACCCCGCUCUUGGACCGCUGCGCUGAGAGAAUUAACAAUCUGAAGAGUUCACCUGAGGCUGUGAGUGGGUACAGCUUUGCAAUGGCAGCUCUUCUUGGAGGCGUACACCAGUGCCCUCUGGGAAUACCGCACUCUAAGGGCAAGUUGGUGGUGAGUAUAGCUGAAGACCUCCUGAGGACAGCGGCUCAGAACAGCCGACUCUCCUUGCAGCGCACACAGGCUGGAUGGUUGCUGCUUGGGGCACUCAUGACAUUGGGUCCUUCCUUGGUGCGUUAUCACCUUCCAAAGAUGUUAUUACUCUGGAGAAAUGUGUUCCCUCGCUCACAGAAGGAGCUGGAAGCAGAAAAGGCAAGGGGAGACUCCUUUACCUGGCAGGUGACCCUGGAAGGCCGAGCUGGAGCACUCUGUGCCAUGCGCAGUUUUGUGGCCCACUGUCCCGAGCUGCUGACAGAAGAUGUUAUUCGAAGGCUGAUGACACCUGUUGAAUGUGCUAUGACUAUGAUAUCUCAUGUCCCUGCCAUUAUUAAAGUCCACGGUGCACAUCUGAAAGCAAGUGCAGCAAUGGUGAGACUAAGGCUCUACGACAUUUUGGCUCUAUUACCCCCUAAAACAUACGAAGGCAUCUUUAAUGCCCUCCUCAGGGAGCUGGUGGCAGAAUUCACUUUGACCGACAAUUCGUCCAACACCACCACCUCUUUGUUGCGCUCUCUCUGUCACUAUGAUGACAGUGUGCUCAUGGGCUCCUGGUUGCAAGAAACUGACCACAAGUCCAUUGAAGAUCAGCUGCAGCCUAAUAGUGCGUCUGGCAGUGGGGCUCUGGAGCAUGAUCCUUCCUCCAUUUACUUGCGAGUGCCUGUUGGUGAAGCCAUUCCAGGGCCGCUCCCUUUGGGAGUGUCGGUCAUAGAUGCCUCUGUGGCUUUGUUUGGAGUAGUUUUCCCCCAUGUGUCUUUCAAACACAGGUUACAAAUGUUAGACCACUUUGCAGAAUGUAUCAAGCAGGCUAAAGGUGUUCGUCAGCAGUCCGUUCAAUUGAACAUCUUCACUGCUGUGCUGAGUGCUCUCAAGGGUUUGGCUGAGAACAAGAGUACUUUGGGCCCUGAGGAGGUUCGCAAGUCUGCCCUGGCCCUGGUGAUGGGGGCCUUGGACAAUUCUAAUCCUAUUCUGCGCUGCGCUGCUGGUGAGGCCCUCGGCAGAAUGGCUCAGGUGGUGGGAGAGGCUACUUUCAUCGCUAGAAUGGCACAGACCAGUUUUGACAAGCUCAAGUCGGCCCGUGAUGUGGUGUCAAGGACGGGUCAUUCACUGGCUCUCGGCUGUCUGCAUCGAUAUGUUGGAGGGAUUGGCUCUGGCCAACACUUAAAGACCAGUGUUAGCAUUCUGCUGGCCUUAGCCCAGGAUGGAUCCUCUCAUGAGGUUCAGACAUGGGCUUUGCACUCUUUGGCUCUAAUUGUGGACUCAAGUGGUCCCAUGUACAGAGGCUAUGUGGAGCCUACCUUGUCCCUAGUUCUUACCCUGCUCCUCACAGUUCCCCCGUCUCACACAGAGGUGCAUCAGUGUUUGGGCCGUUGCUUGGGAGCCCUUAUCACUACUGUUGGUCCAGAAUUACAAGGAAAUGGUGCCACCAUCUCCACCAUCCGCUCAUCCUGCCUGGUUGGCUGCGCAAUAAUGCAGGAUCACUCAGACUCUCUGGUGCAAGCAGCCGCCAUCUCAUGUCUGCAGCAGUUACACAUGUUUGCUCCUCGCCAUGUCAAUCUCUCAAGCUUGGUGCCCUGUCUUUGUGUGCACCUUUGCAGUUCUCACCUAUUGCUGAGGCGCGCUGCUGUAGCCUGCUUAAGACAACUUGCUCAGAGAGAGGCUUCUGAGGUAUGCGAGUAUGCCAUGAGCCUGGCAAAGAAGGCAGGGGAUGGUAAAAAGGUUGCAAAUCUGAACAUCACUGAGACAGGGCUUGAGGGGGCACUAUUUGGUAUGCUGGAUCAUGAAACCGACAGGAAGCUGUGCUCUGAUAUUCAUGACACACUGGGCCACAUGCUGUCAUCGCUUGCUGUAGAAAAGCUUUCUCACUGGCUUAAACUCUGCAAGGAUGUCCUUGCUGCAACAACAGAUGUAGGAGGAGCUGUUGCAUUUGAGGUGGAAAAAGAUGAAGACUCUGAGAAAAAAGACGAAAUGGACGAUGACAUCAUGUUCACGGGUCUAGGCGAAGAUGACAAGCCUAAGCCUUCAGUGGCUCCUCGUUGGGUGACACGGGUGUUUGCUGCAGAUUGUUUGUGCCGCAUCAUCCUGCUUUGUGAGAAUGCAGACAAAGCGCACUUUGACCUGGCAGCUGCACGUUCUGCAAAAUCCAAGAACCCCAAAGGAGAUCUGUUGGUGCUCCAUUUGUCUGAUCUCAUUCGGAUGGCCUUCAUGGCAGCCACAGACCACAGUAACCAACUGAGGAUGGCUGGUCUGCAGGCUCUGGAAGACAUCAUUAAAAAGUUUGCCUCUGUUCCCGAGCCCGAGUUUCCAGGGCAUGUUAUCUUGGAACAAUACCAGGCCAAUGUUGGAGCGGCUCUUAGACCUGCUUUUUCUCCUGAUACACCUUCUGAUAUAACCGCUAAAGCAUCCCAGGUGUGUAGCACAUGGAUUGGCAGUGGUGUUGUAAGUGACCUUAAUGACCUACGGCGAGUCCACAACCUUCUUGUGUCAUCACUGGACAAAGCGCAAGCUGGAAAGGGUUCAUCCAGUCAGCUAUACAGUGAGAGUGCCACCACGAUGGAGAAACUGGCUGUGUUGAAAGCAUGGGCAGAGGUUUAUGUGGUGGCAAUGAAGAUAAAGAAAGAGGCAGAGGCAAAGCCUGAUAAAACAAUACGAAGUGGAGAUGAGGAUGAAGAUGAUCUGGGUGCAGAUGUGCUUCCACCUGACAGUCUCAUCACUUUAGUGCAGCCUGAGCUGCCCUCGCUGAGUCGACUGUGGUUGGCCAUGCUCCGUGACUAUGCUCUGCUCACUCUGCCUGCUGAGUUUUCCAGUCAGCUGCCUCCUGAUGGUGGUGCGUUUUAUACUCCAGAGACGAUAGAUACAGCAAGGCUUCAUUACCGGGGCUCUUGGGCUCCUGUACUGCAUGCUGUGGCAUUAUGGCUUAACAGCACUGGCUUUGGAGCUUGUGAGGAAAAAGAAGAGGUUUCCUCCAAGGUUCCUGCUCUCCACUCAGGAGCCUUGUCAACUGCAAAGACCUUUGAGGAGUCUGUCAAAGACAGGAUGCAUCUAAUGUUAGGUGUCAGUAUAGAGUUCCUUUGCUUUCCCAGGCCCGAGGAACCCAUUGAACAUGUCAUGUCCUGCCUCCAGGCCUUGUCCACUCUGCUUGAGUCUCCUUGUGCAAAGACCCAUAUUGCAGAGGACCAGCUGUUGGCAGUGGAGCUCCUGAAUGUACUUCACAGACUGCUGCUGACCCGGGACCCUCCUGUCAUCCAGCUCCAGGUUACUGCUGUGGUACAGGAGAUCAUAAGAGCCGCACUAAACCAUUUGCAGCAACAAAAGAGUAACAAGGGCAAAGUGAAGGAAGGCCAGAUUGAUUCUCAACUCAUCCUAGGGGAAGGGGGAGAGACAGGCGAGCUCGUCCCAGGCAGCUCUUUGGUGUUUGCUUCAAUGGAGCUGCUGGUUUUCAUCCUGGUUCGUCACUUACCUCAGCUCAAUACACGUGUGAAGGAGUCACCGAGUCAUGUACCGAUGAGGCCUCAGCGACUACCAGAGGAGAGCGCACGCCUUGUGGCAAACACGGUUGCUAUUCUGGCUGAACUGCCCUUGCUCUGCUCUCCUGCUGGCAGCAUGACCAUCCUACCUACUGUGCUCUUUUUAAUUACGGGGGUGCUGAGAGAAACUGCAGUCAAGACUGCUGACAACUCAGUAUCUACGUCCGUGUCUGCUGCGCUGCAGGGAAUCAAGACCAUUAUCAUCUCCCCAGUGGCCCGUGUGGAUAACCUGCAGACACAGUGGAGUGCCCUUGUGAGAAGCAGUCUGGCCUCUGUACUUGAGGACUCGCAGCCAGAUGAGUCCAGGCCUGAUUUGGAUGAGAUCAGCAUGUUGACAGCGAUUACACUAUUCCUGCUCUCUGCUAGUAAUGAACUUGUAGGAGUGACUGUCCUACAGAAGGGCUGCAUGGAGCGCUUCCGUAAUGCCCUCAACUCUAGUGAUCCAUGGGUUCAGGCACGGUGUUACCAGCUGCUGCUGUCAGUGUUUCAGCAUUCCACCCGCCCCCUUUCUACCCCGUACAUUCAUGCUCUGGCUCCCCUCUUGGUGGAGAAACUGAAGGCAGUUGAACGCAGUCGGCCAAAGACUGCCGCCGAGCUGCAGGCUGUGCAGGAGGGCAUCAAGGUCCUGGAAAAUCUGGUCGGAAUGGGUGAGGAGCAGAAUCGAUUGAGUUAAUGGAGACGAAGAGAUGGAGAAGCUGUGAAAGGAAUCAAAAGAAAAAAGGAGUCGUCGUCAGCGGCUUAUAUACAGCUCAAUUUUUCUUUUAUCUGACCACAGAACUUUCCUCCAAAAGGUUUUAUCUUUGUCCAUGUGAUCUCAGAUGAAACAAAAAUUAAGCUGUUUGGUCACAAUACCCAGCAAUUACCAUGAAUUGAUUUAUGUGGACCUCGACUUAAACAAGUUGAAAAACGUAUUAAAAUGUUACCAUUUAGUGGUCAAUUGUAUGGAAUAUGUACUGUACUGUGCAAUCUACUAAUAAAAGUUUCAAUCAAUCAAUCAAUCAAUAUGUUUGGAGGAGAAAAGGUCAGGCCUUUAAUCCCAGGAACACCACACCUACCGUCAAGCAUGAUGGCAGUAGUAUUAUGCUCUGGGCCUUUUUUGCUGCCAAUGGGACUGGUGCUUUACAGAGAGUAAACGGGACAGUGAAAAAUGAGGAUUACCUCCAAAUUCUUCAGGACAACCUAAAAUCAUCAGCCCAGAGGUUGGGUCUUGGGCGCAAUUGGUUGUUCCAACAGGACAAUGACCCCAAACACACGUCAAAAGUGGUAAAGGGAUGGCUAAAUCAGGCUAGAAUUAAGGUUUUAGAAUGGCCUUCCCAAAGUUCUAACUUAAACAUGUGGGCAAUACUGAAGAAACAAGUCCAUGUCAGAAAACCAACAAAUUUAGCUGAACUGCACCAAUUUUGUCAGGAGGAGUGGUCAAAAAUUAAACCAGAAGCUUGUGGAUGGCUACCAAAAGCACCUUAUUGCAGUGAAACUUGCCAAGGGACAUGUAACCAAAUAUUAACAUUGCUGUAUGUAUACUUUUCACCCAGCAGAUUUGGUCACAUUUUCAGUAGACCCAUAAUCAAUUAAUAAAAGAACCAAACUUCAUGAAUGUUUUUUUUUACCAACAAUUAUGUGCUUCAACCACUCUAUUACAAAAAAAUAAAGAGUUGUAGAAGUUAUUGGAAACUCAAGACAGCCAUGACAUUAUGUUCCUUACAAGUGUAUGUAAACUUUUGACCACGGCUGUAGCUUUGAUGUAUUAAACUACAUUUGCCGUGUAGCUUGAUGCAAUUUUCCGGGGAUUGCUUCCCCUGUAGCUUAGCUACAUCAAUGGAGAAUAACACAUAUAUUGCAUUGUAAUGUAUUAUUUUACAGAUACCGGUAUAUGAAUACAUAUUACCAAGUUGUCAAUAGCGAUGUAAUUCAGAGGGAACACCAGAAAAUGUCUUAUCCCCGCUGAAAAAAUUGCAGUAAUGCACAAUUGACAUGGUCCACAGCAGUGGUUCUUAAAUGGGGGUACUCGAAGGUGUGCCAAGGGGUACGUGAGAUUUUAAAAAAAAAAUAUUCUAAAAAUAGCAACAAUUCAAAAAUCCUUUAUAAAUAUAUUUAUUGAAUAAUACUUCAACAAAAUAUGAAUGUAAGUUCAUAAACUGUGAAAAGAAAUGCAACAAGGGCUUCACGGUGGCAGAGGGGUUAGUGCGUCUGCCUCACAAUACGAAGUUCCUGCAGUCCUGGGUUCAAAUCCAGGCUCGGGAUCUUUCUGUGUGGAGUUUGCAUGUUCUCCCCGUGAAUGCGUGGGUUCCCUCCGGGUACUCCGGCUUCCUCCCACUUCCAAAGACAUGCACCUGGGGAUAGGUUGAUUGGCAACACUAAAUUGGCCCUAGUGUGUGAAUGUGAGUGUGAAUGUUGUCUGUCUAUCUGUGUUGGCCCUGCGAUGAGGUGGCGACUUGUCCAGGGUGUACCCCGCCUUCCGCCCGAUUGUAGCUGAGAUAGGCGCCAGCGCCCCCCGCGACCCCGAAAGGGAAUAAGCGGUAGAAAAUGGAUGGAUGGAAAUGCAACAAUGCAAUAUUCAGUUUUGACAGCUGGAUUUUUUCUGUGGACAUGUUCCAUAAAUAUUGAUGAUAGAUUUUUUUUUUUGUGAAGAAAUGUUUACAAUUAAGUUCAUGAAUCCAGAUGGAUCUUUAUUACAAUCCCCAAAGAGGGCACUUUAAAUUGAUGAUUACUUCUAUGUGUGGAAAUCUUUAUUUAUAAUUGAAUUACUUGUUUAUUUUUCAACAAGUUUUUAGUUAUUUUUAUAUCUUUUUUUUUCCAAAAAGUUCAAGAAAGACCACUACAAAUGUUAUACAAUUUAAUAAAACAGAAACUAAUGACAUAGUGCUGUAUUUUACUUCUUUAUCUCUUUUUUUCAACCAAAAAGGCUUUGCUCUGAUUAGGGGGUACUUGAAUUAAAAAAAAAAAUUCACAGGGGGUACAUCACUGAAAAAAGGUUGAGAACAUCUGGUCCACAGGAAGUUGUAUUAUUCAGAUGCUCUGCAGGCAGGAAGGCCAAAAGUAAGCAUGCACAUUUGUCUGUAAAUUUGAUAUUCAUUAUAUGACUGGUGGUAAAAUCAAAGCACAGUCCUGUGACCUCAAUUACUUUCUGGAUGUUUAUUUUAAAAGUAAAAUAUCGUUACAUAAUGUGCUUAUAGUGUCAACAGGCUGUUAGCACAAACGCCAUGUAUGGCUGUAGUUCAUGUCUUUGCCAUGAAUUGAUUAACGUGGACCCCGACUUAAACAAGUUGAAAACUUAUUCGGGUGUCAAUUGUACGGAAUAUGUUUCAAUUAAUCAAUCAAUGCUGAUCCGUGCCAAAUACUCACUCCUGUUACUCAAGUGAGUCAUCUUUGGCUUAAAGGCCUACUGAAACUCACUACUACUGACCACGCAGUCUGAUAGUUUAUAUAUCAAUGAUGAAAUAUUAACAUUGCAACACAUGCCAAUACGGCCUUUUUAGUUUACUAAAUUGCAAUUUUAAAUUUCCCGUGGAGUUUCUUGUUGAAAACUUUGCGGAAUGAUGACGCGUGCGCGUGACGUCCCGGGUUGCAGGGGACAUAUUAGCACAGCACCAUUUGCGGCUAAAAGUCGUCUCUUUUCAUGGCGCAAUUACACAGUAUUCUGGACAUCUGUGUUGCUGAAUCUUUUGCAAUUUGUUCAAUUAAUAAUGGAGAAGUCAAAGUAGAAAGAUGGAAGUGGGAAGCUUUACCCUUUAGCCACACAAACACACGGUGUUUCCUUGUUUAAAAUUCCCGGAGGUGAAGCUUUACUAUGGAUCAGAGCGGUCAAGCGAACAUGGUUCCCGACCACUUGUCAACCGGCAGGUUUUGGUGAGAAAA